CCCGUAUUACCGUCACUCAGAAAGCCCUUAGGCGUUUCUUUCGCCACCCCGGUGGUGUUAUUUUCGCAUCCCGGUUUUGUAUAAAGACUGGGAACCAUAUAACUCUUGCAGAGGCACACACAAUGCAAUUCGUCGCGCAGCAUACUUCAAUACCAGUGCCGACCGUUCAUUGUGCCUUUACUCGAAAGGGGCAGACGUACAUUGUUAUGGAGAGAAUUGAUGGAGAUACGGUGGCGAAUGUAUGGAGGUUCUGUUCAGAGAAAUCCAAGGAAGCUAUCCUUGGACAGGCAAAGAAAAUGAUUGAGGAGUUGCGUACGAUUCACCCUCCAAAGGGUGCUGGCGUUGCUAAUGUGGAUGGUUCUGCAAUAUAUGAUUGUAGACUUCCUCAUCGCUUACGACAUGGGCCCUUUCAGAACAUCCCUGAUUUCCAUAGGUAUUGCGGAAUGGGGUAGAAGCACAUCACCUCGAUGUGCCUGCAGAUAUUCAGGAGCUUAUCGCUUUUCACGACCAACCAUGGCCUCCACCUGUAUUCACUCAUGGGGAUUUAAGCAGUUUCAAUAUUCUUGUACGCGGCGAUAAGAUUGUCGGUAUCAUUGACUGGGAGACUGCAGGCUGGUUCCCUGAGUACUGGGAAUAUACAAAUGCGCGGCUUGUCAAUCCGCACAAUGAGUUCUGGCAGGAUGAGGUAGACAAAUUUCUAUCACCAAUGCCAAACGCCCUAGAGAUGGAGAGG